AUGUCCUCGAUCGCUGCCAUGGCCUCUCGCCGGGCCUUCGCCCGCCAAUCCCUCCUCCGCGCUCCCCAGCGCCGCUUCCAGUCCUCCAAGCUGGAGCAGGCCAACCUCGACAAGGCUCCCAAGCGUGACCCCGAGCUCUACGUCCUCCUCGGUGUCAUGUCUGGUGCUUUCCUGCUUGCCGGAUGGUACUUCGGCCGCAAGCCCACCUCCGUCACCUCCGAGAGCAACGUCCGCAUCGGCGAGAGUGCCAUGCCCUGGGAGCAGACCGAUGCCGAGGGCAAGGUCUACAAGUACCAGUACCACCCCCACGGUGACAAGAGCCAGCCCCUGCGCAACGCUCCCAGUGCCUUGAACACUGUCAUCGUUCCCAACGUCACUCUCCCCGCCGACCUUCACGAGCGCUUCAACAAGUACGGUAAGGAGGAGUGGGACUACUAAACGGUCCCGCACCAUGUGGAAGGGAUUUGAUAUAUGAAGUGAAGUUGAGGCAACAUCGGCAACUGACCGCUGUACACUAAAACUUGUGAAGAUGUGAAGAUGUGAAGAUGUGAAGAUUAGAGUGGGAAGUUUAUGUGGGAAAGGAGAGAGAGAGUACUGAUAACAGCUUUGUGCAUAGUUCUUUUUUUUUGACGAGAUUCUUUUUUUGGAAGACUAUCGUUUCUGUUCUUGUUUCGUUUCACAAAUACCUGAUCCUUUAAAGUGUAAGAUGUCAUAAGUAGUAGAGUACUUCAUUGAUCUCGCAAACAGGUGUUCAUGUACAAAAAAGUCACAUGUCGUUAGUCCAAUGAGGAAAGAAAAG